CAGUUUAUUUAGACCGCAUUAUCUUGUUUAGGUUUUGUUGUGAUUUGAUAUAAAGCCACGUCUUAAGAUUAUAUGACACAUAAACAGUUAAUACUGUGGGGUUUUCUUGUAUAGUGUAGUAUGCGUGAAUCGGUCGACAGUAUUGCUGCGCCCUUACGCCCUACAUGCGUGGUGGAUUUAUUUCAUUCAAAUACAUCGUAGCUUUACGUUUUUGUGUGGAAGCGUCGACUUUCCGAAGAGGAAAUAUUGUCAUGUUUGUUUGGUUUAAAUCUUGAUUUUUAAAUUCUCUUUAUUUUUUUUUUAACUUUGGAAUGCUUUAAACGGAAAUUAAAGAAGAGGAGAAUUCCAUUUAGGGGAUAUCGCUUUUUGCCUCGUGUAUAUUGUUGCAGUUGAUGGGGGUAUUACAAGGAUUUUCGUCAAGUGCUCUCUCAGUGUGGAAAUAAAUAGUUCUUAUUGUUAAUAAGUGGUUGACACAGAUACAGUGAUCUGGUGUUUUUCUCCUAUUAAUUAGCCAGUUUCUUAUAAUCAUCAAAAAUAGAAAAUAUGAGUGCCGGCAAUUCUCUGAAAGAAUAUGCAUGCUUUUUUCCAAAGUAGAAUAUAUUUGUGACGCGUGUUGUGCAGAAACACUUGAACAUCAGAAGUAUCUAAGUAUACGACAUUUGUUCUUUUUCACUAAUCACCCCAUCGAGUGGAAAUACUUUGGGCACAGUUCAAAAUACCUUUCAGUGAAAUCCUUGUCGUAAAUGCUCCUGAAAACAAUGAGAAAUCUUUCAAACUCUAAAUUUUUCCAGGAGGUUGGUACUUUAUUCCAUAGCGAGGACCAACAAGAAGCCCUGACGAGGAAGGAGCUGGAAUGUAUAGGACUGAUAGCAGCCGAAAAACACAAUCAGAGCCUACAUGUUGGGAUCCAUUGUAGAAGAGCCUGGGACACGGUGAUGUGUUGGCCCCCCACCCCUGCGGGUCAGUUAGCGAUCCAGCCCUGCCCCAGUCACAUUAAGAACAUCGAUACCAGUAAUAAUGCUUCAAGACAAUGUAAUGAGGAUGGUUCUUGGUUUGUUAAUCCGCUCAACAACAAUACAUGGACCAACUUUACCCAAUGCAUCGGGUCAAAAACCAACGAGGACCCUCGUACAGUUCCGGCCCUGAUCGAGCAAUAUGCGGACUCGGUUCGUCUGAUGUAUAACAUCGGGUACGGUCUCUCCCUGGCGUCCUUAGUGAUAGCCGUGUUCAUCAUGAUUUACUUCAAGAAGCUCCACUGUGCUCGUAACGCCAUCCAUAUCAACCUGUUUGUGUCUUUUAUUCUGCGUGCCAUUGUCUCCUUCAUCAAGGAAAAUCUACUGGUAGAGUUCGUAGGAUUUCCCGGUGACGUGUACUAUGACCAUGGUCAAAUUAAAUUUAGAGAUGACGUCACUCAUUGGGAGUGUCGGUUAUUUUUCUCUCUGUAUAACUAUACAUUGGCGGCUAGCUACAUGUGGAUUUUUGUGGAGGCGCUGUACCUCCAGAUAUUGAUAUCUGUCUCUGUAUUCACGGAGAAAAACAGAACUAAGUGGUUCAUGUUACUAGGAUGGUUAUUUCCAUUAAGUUUUGUUGUACCAUGGGUUCUUGUUCGGAUUUUUGAAUUCAAUGAACUCUGUUGGAACAUUCAGAGGAACCAGCUGAUUACGUUAAUUAUAUACGGACCAAUUACGGCCACAGUUCUGAUACAGUUUAUUAUUUUCAUUAACAUUGUUCGAAUAUUAUUCACCAAACUUCAUGCAUCAUCCGGGCAUCAGACAAACAGCUUCCGGUACAGUCACAUUGAUGGUCACAUGAUCAGACGCUUGGCUAAGUCCACGUUGAUCCUUAUUCCCCUGUUCGGGGUUUAUUACAUCAUAUACUCUGUUAAUUACCUCAUGUCAAGCUUCGGCUAUCUAGAUGAGAAGUCCAUGAUGUACUUCAUCUUGUGGUGGUCAGAAUUAUUCUUCAACUCCUUUCAGGGUUUUAUCCUAGCGAUGCUUUUCUGUUUCCUGAACGCUGAGGUACAGGCGGAAUUCAGAAAAGUUUGGCGCCGGCACAUUACGGACAGGACCGGGAGUAUCAGAACAACACGAACAUUUUUGUCCCGGACACGAAAUUCUGUUAAACAACCGACGUCCAAUGGGAAUGCAUCACAUAAAAGCGAAAAGGACGAUAAUCCUAUUAACCAAUCAGAUUCAACGUUGCUUACAUCCUUCCAAAAUGAAACAAACUGUGAAAAUGAAAUUCAAAGGAGAAUUGUAGACACUGAAAUAACGGAGACAGAGACAUCACCGUGUAUAAACAAUAACCAGACAGUGACUGAAAACUGUGAUAAAAAUAACGGAAUCUGUGUCAAGGACGAAUUCGCCUAUAAGUCGAUAUCGUAGUAUAAGUCCAGGGCCACUUAAAUAUUUUUGCUUGUAAUAUUUAAGAAUUGAAUCCUUGAGAAGGAAAAAGAAAUAUAAAAUUUAUGUUUAUCAUCUGAUGAUUAAUAGCGCCAGUUUGGAUAAUCCAAGAAACUUACCAUUUAAUUAAUUGGAUUUAAAUUGGAUUUAAAAGUACUUAUUAUAAAAUGCUUGAAUUGAAACAUAUAGAUUGGGCAAUUUUGUGGUAAUUUCUAAUAGUUUUGUGGGAUGCGUUUAGUAUUCAAGGUAAAUCGAUACA